UACCACACCCUAGUACAUCCCUCAAAUUCAAUCCUCAAGUCAUAGUCUACUCUGUCACUCUCAUUUCUCAUACUCCAACAACCUACAAAAUCUAAAUUUUAAGAUUUAAAUUUUUUUUUAAAAAAACAAAUCUUUCUUAGUAUUUAAAAAUAAAAAAUAAAGCUAUUUAAAAUUAAUCGAGUGUAAUCGAAGAGGAAUACCAAUAAAACAGAAAUCUUGCAAUCCAGGAAACAGAGGAAGAAGAAGAACAGAAGAAAGAUAGGAGUUUGGUCUAAAAGCGGUGCCGUUUUGACGCGGAUAGUUAUCUCUCCCCGUCCGCCUCUUCGGUGUCAUCGAAUUGGGUAAUUUAAUUUGGGGGGAAAUCUGCUGAUUUGUUUAAAUCUAGUGAAAAAAAGUCAUGGCAUUCGAUCAAAAUUCGAUGCCAAUGGAUCUAAGACCCUUAAAUGUAGUUCGUAGUGCUGGUGAAGAAACCCGCAUUGCCCCAUCACCUGUGACCACCUCAGGUAGGGCCCCUGAUGGGUUUUACCAGAAUACGGCCCGUAUCGAUGUUGCCAGUUCUCCAUCAAUGUCGGUGUAUUACACUGAUGCUUCUGGUGCUGGGUUUCCGAGUAUGGGGUAUGUAAAUCCUGGUGGGCCCAAUAUGGGUCCCGCUACCUGGUGGACCCCGCGGAUGCAGCCUCCCGUGGGCCCACCACCUCCUAGCAGUAAUGUCAGCGUUAACUCAGCAGGGUAUGCAUACAGCCCAAAUUUAGGGUCCCGAGUUGGUGGUGGUGGGGGUGGGAGUGGGAAUGUUACUGGUGGGAGUGGCAAUGUUACUGGUGGGAGUGGUGUUGAUCAAGUGAGUGAGGAGGGGGGUGAUGAUUCAGUAUCAGGUAAGAAAGUUAAGUUCUUGUGUAGUUUUGGGGGGAAAAUAAUCCCUCGCCCGAGUGAUGGAAUGCUUAGAUAUGUUGGUGGCCAAACUCGGAUUAUUAGUGUUAGGAGGGAUGUAACAUUUGGGGAGUUGGUUCAGAAGAUGGUGGAUACGUAUGAGCAACCUGUUGUGAUCAAAUAUCAGCUACCAGAUGAAGAUCUUGAUGCCCUUGUGUCGGUUUCUUGCUCUGAUGAUCUUGAUAAUAUGAUGGAAGAGUUUGAGAAGUUGCAAGAGAGGUCUCCUGAUGGGUCUGCUAAGCUAAGGGUGUUUCUCUUUUCUGCUUCUGAGCUUGAUACCUCUGGUGCGUUGCAACUACGUGGUUUACAUGAUAGUGGGCUGAGAUAUGUGGAUGCUGUGAAUGGGGUUGCAGAAGGUUUUAGUGGUGGUAUCACAAGGAAGGGAAGCAUAGCAAGUGUAACUUCAACUCAAAAUUCUGAUGUUAGUGGGUCAGAGGUUUUUGAGGCAUCAGCUGGUCAAGAUGUCGGUGGACCACCAUCCGCCAACAUGUUUUCUCCUCGAAGUGAUACUGCUGCCUCUUAUGAUAAUACCUCAAGAUUGGAGGCUUCUGUUCCGUCCUUGAUAGUUCCUGCAGGUGUUUCUCCACAUUCGGCAGCCUCACAGCCAGAGAUUGAGUUGGAGAGAGCAGUUCCUGUUCCAGCACACGGGCAGCAACAGCCCCUGGGAUAUGAUUUUCAGCAACUAGGCAUGAAUUUCCAAACCCAUACUUCUCCCUAUUUAGGUGGUUAUAUAGAUCCUCACCAAGAUGCAUUGAGCCGUGGAGCGUCACAUGUGGUUUAUGCAAAUCCUCAGGUUAUGGGAGCUCCAAGACCCGUACUCAUUCAUCCACAAUAUCGUGACUCCCAAAAUUUAUUGAACCAUCAGUUUGUACCGGCAGUACAAAUGACAAUGGCUCCCACUCCUUCCCACAUGAGCAUGAAUCCUAACAUUCACCAGCCGUUAGUACAACAAACACAAAGAGUUGUGUCUGAUCCUAGCUAUAAUAAUGCAUACCAAGCCCCAAUUGGUGGAGGGUACGGGUGGCCCCAAGUCUCUCCACAAGAUCAUGCAGCCUUCUCAGAGGGAUGGGUGACGCAUCAACAAGUAGUCCCUACAAUGACAGACUGCUAUAUGUGCCAAAAGGCGCUACCUCAUGCACAUUCUGAUACAGUUGUACAGGACCAGAAAACUAGUCAAUCAACCAAUGUUUCUGAUAUAAACCCAAUUUAUCAAAGCCUUCGUCUGGAUGAUAUUACUAGAUUGCAUGCAGCAGCUGCACAAAAUCAGGGAUUUAUGGGGUUAGCAAGUGAUGCACAGACUCCCUAUGGUGGAGUGAGGGGUAAUAUGGUUCCUGGGUCUUGUCCUGAAGAUGCUAUCCAGCCGCAUUUAGUAAGUAAACCUGUCAAUGGUGACAAUACUACUCUCACUGGUGUAGUUUACCAUGCUACUGAACAGUUCAUUCCCGAAACAUCAAUAGACUAUUCUGAAAAGGUUCCUAGCAUGACUAGGGAGGAUGCAGUAAGAUCUGGCAUCUCAAAUGAUCAAGUUAGACCAGUGGAUUUUAGAAUGGAAAAUCUCCAAUUGAAACCUACUGAUAUUCUUUCUAGCAACGAACAGGAUAAGUCACAUGUUGAUCUACUUAGGAAAGAUGAUAUUUUGGAUCAUGUGCCUUCUCACCCAUUGGGGAGAGAGGCUUUGCCAAAUUCUGCCUUCAUUAGACCUGCACUACUUCAAGAGACAAGCCAGAUGAACCAAAGUGAAAUGGGUGUUCCCGAAGUUCAAUAUCAGUGUAAUGAAAUUCUACCUGCUACAAGAUUUCCUGCUGAGACUACUGCUUUAAACAGUAUUGUGCAGCCUUCAACUUCUCCACAUAAUUGGGGAGCAGUUGGGAAUGAUUCUACAAACUCGUUGUUUAGUAACCAAGACCCUUGGAAUAUGCGGCAUGAGACUCAUUUCCCCCCUCCUAAACCUAGUAAAAUUUCUAUAAAAAGAGAGGCAUCUGUGGCAGACAAUCGUCAAAAUGGGGAACUAAUUGCGGAUGUAAAUUUUGUUGAUGUCCAACCGGCAACAGAACAAGUUCAAUCUGGCAAAGGUUCAGCAGAAGAGCGGAUCAAGCAACAGCUGCAAGCGACAGCUGAAGGGGUUGCAGCUUCAGUUCUCCACUCAUCUGUGCAAUCAAAUGUCGACUUUUCUUCACAAGAGACGAGUUUUUCUGAAGCGAGCAAUGUGAUUGAAGGACAGACUAAUAGUGAUGGUGUUCUACAAACUAAAAUGGAGGCCAUGAAUAUUAAAUCUGAUAAGGCAAACUUUGGGUUUCCACACUCAGAUGGCCUUGGUCGCUUACAGAUUAUUAAGAAUGGCGAUCUUGAAGAACUACGGGAAUUAGGUUCUGGCACCUUUGGUACUGUUUAUCAUGGCAAAUGGAGAGGAACUGACGUUGCCAUCAAACGAAUCAAUGAUAGGUGUUUUGCUGGAAAGCCUUCUGAACAAGAACGCAUGAGAGAUGACUUUUGGAAUGAAGCCAAAAAACUAGCUGACUUGCACCAUCCAAAUGUGGUAGCUUUCUAUGGUGUUGUUGUUGAUGGUCCUGGUGGUUCUGUGGCCACAGUUACUGAGUACAUGGUUAAUGGUUCUCUUAGAACUGCUCUGCAGAAGAAUGAAAAGAAUCUUGAUAAAAGGAAGCGGCUUUUGAUUGCCAUGGACGUAGCUUUUGGAAUGGAAUAUCUGCACUCUAAAAAUAUAGUGCACUUUGAUCUUAAGAGUGACAACUUGCUUGUCAAUCUUCGAGAUCCACAUAGACCCAUUUGUAAGGUUGGGGAUUUAGGUCUAUCGAAAGUGAAAUGCCAAACAUUAAUAUCAGGGGGAGUGCGAGGUACCCUUCCUUGGAUGGCACCUGAGCUUCUGAACGGCAGCAGCAGUCUAGUCUCUGAGAAGGUUGAUGUGUUCUCUUUUGGUAUUGUAAUGUGGGAGCUUCUUACUGGAGAAGAGCCAUAUGCUGACCUGCACUAUGGAGCUAUUAUUGGAGGUAUUGUGAGCAAUACGUUGAGACCACCAGUCCCAGAGAGUUGUGACCCUGAGUGGAGAUCACUGAUGGAGAGAUGUUGGUCGGCUGACCCACCCGAGAGGCCCAAUUUUACUGAGAUUGCCAAUGAUUUACGGUGUAUGGCAUCCAAGAUUCCGGCAAAGGGACAAUCACCACCAGCUGCUACUGCAAGAACAAACACCUAGUUGCUCUUUAUUUUACUGCCUCUUGUUUAUUUAAUGUCUAGUUUUAUUAAAUUAUAUAGAUAACCCCCUACCAUUAUUAAAAAAAAAAAAGCAAAAAAGGAAGAAUUGUUAAUUAGGCAUUGAUUUAUAUUUUCUUUUUUCUUUUUGCUCUUUGCUCCUUGUAAUGCCAAUUUGGAAUAGGACGUUUCAUUGGCUUUCUGCUUAGUUGAUAGCUCACAUGUGUAAUGUGUUCAGACGCAAACCAUUUUGGGUUUAGACUUCCUUUAGGCCGCACGGCCUCUUUUUGGCUUUAUGAAUAGUGUCUCAGUUCGAAGACAUCACUCGGAUAACAUUGAAUGUUUGUUCCA